AUGACGAGCACUUCUUCCCACAGUAGAGAUAAGCUGUACAUACACCGCCACCCUUCCGCAGCACUUGGGUGUAUGAUCGCAACCUUUUUGAAAGAAGAGUGGAUGUGUCUUUGCGAUACUCUUUCCAUCCUCACUACCACCGACAUUAGAAUCUUGGGAAGAGAUAUCAGUAAGAUGUCCGAGAACACAGCAUACACCACAGCUCCAAAAGCUUCAGCACUUGUGACGACCAUCGUAGCUGAAGCUACCGGGUUUGCGGCUUUCACCGAGAGCUAUGGUCAACAACCAGCAUCGCAACCAACUAAGCAGGAACAUGUCGACUUGGAAGCAACGGAACAGCUUGCUUCUGCAACCUCUGCAUUACGGCUCAAUGGCGACCAGGCAAGAACGGAAGAGUCCGCAGCACCCGAAGAAGAUAGUGUAGGAAAAGAGGGUAGGAAAGAAGAGCCAGAACCAAGAACACAGAAGAAACUCGGAACGCAAUCUGAUAUAGAGAUCCCCGCCGGGCUAGGAACAACCGUUUCUGCAGAUAACAAUGUUCAAGCGGCCCUGGCGAAGGAGCGUGGUCAAACACUAUCGCCUCUUUCGCAAGGUGAUGCACAAGAGAGGGAUGAGGACCAGGAUUCUGAGCCGGCUCGCCCACCACAGCCUCAACAAGAGAAUCUCACAGGAUCCACCAUCCAAACAUGCGCAGGAAUCGGCACCACCACUUCUCCAGACGACGACAAUCAAGCAGCCAUUGCUAAAGAGAGGUCGAACCGAGGCCAAGCGCCAUCAACAACCAAAUCUGGCACCGUUGACUCCGAUUCGACCUCAAAAGGACAAGGAAACCCCGGGUGGCAGCAAGGAUCAGGCAUCCCAACAGCAGCAGGUGACGGAACCACCCUAUCUCCCGACGAUGAUGUACAAGCAGCAACCAAGAACAAACACUCUUCAGCCACUACAAACUCGACUUCAUCAUCAUCUAACAGCGAGAACUGUAGCGAAAGCAGCGGCGAUACACCAGCAACAGAACAUAGCGCUACCAACCAUGAGCCAUCCUCGGACGGCAGAGUAGGGUGGAAGGACAAAUUGAAAGGUCAAGCAAAGAUUGUUGCGGGUAAGAUAAGUAGGAACGAGGAGAAAGUUGAGUUGGGGAGGGAGAUCAAAGCUGGUCAUCACUAG